ACUUUUAGGACAAGAGGAAAAACGUCCAUUUGUCGAAGAAGCUGACAGAUUAAGACAGGUUCACAAGAAGACUCAUCCUAACUACAAGUAUCAACCACGUAGACGAAAAACAGGAAGGUACCCAGGAAACCAUGGCACUGAGGAGUCAGCCUCAACUAUCCAGGGCGCCACCGUCGUCUUUAGCUCUUUGAAGACAGAAAAUGUUGGAAACUGUUGGUCUUCAGCAGCCACCCAGUGUCCACCCACAACCCCAAACUUCAGGGAGAAUGGUUGGAAGAAAACAGUGGAUAAAUCUAGCAGUCUAGGGUUGCAUGGACAAACUCGUCAACUCGGUCAAACGAUAAAUGUAUCAGGACUGACGUCAGAUACCAUUUGUAACGUGGAUGAUAUUGACGAAUACCUCCCUUCUUUUGAUACUUUGUUGUCAUGGUUGUCAACGCAAGAAGUAACCUGCAGUGCCAAUCUUUUAACCCCCUCUUCAGCGCCUCUAGCUAGCAAUACAGAAAACUACCUUUCAACAAAGGAUAUCCAGAAUCCAGGUGACUCUUUACCUGAUGUCGUACCGUCUCUAAGCAACAGAUGCUUAUCCGAAAAGACCUGUCGUGAAGUUAAUCCUGAGGGUUUAUUCCCAACACCUGUGAAUCCAACAAUGGUUGAAGUUCUAAAUGGGGAUAACACCCCCAACGAGAUACAAUCGGACGAACCUGUCAAGUUCCACGAACUUGCCCCCGUCAAUAGGCCACGCAAACCGACGUAUAAUUUACCUGUUGCGUUAGAGGGCGCUGUAAACGUCCACUAUAAUAAUAGUCGCCAAAGAAACGUUUCUCCAGACUUUUCCUUCAGUGGUCAGAAGAUGGAUUCUUCUAUUUUCUGUCAAAAAUAUGAUACUCCAUAUCAUCAGUAUCCAGUUUCCAGUGUAAAGUCCGGAAUUACUGGAUCCACGUUAUAAAGUGCUGGAUUACAGAAUACAUAUUAUAAAGUCCAUUAUUACAGGAUCUGCUUCGUAAAGUUACACUAAAUAAUAUCAACCGUUUGGAGUUCACUCGCUGGAUAUGCUUGAAAUUAUGAAUGACUAAACCUAUAAAAACAAGUGUGAACUAACAAAAAUCCGAAAUUUGUAUUUAAUCCACUUCAGACGAAGAAACCGCACAUUUAUUACAAGUUUUAGUGUAUUUAAUCCACUUCAGACGAAGAAACCGCACAUCUAUUAAAAGUUUCAGUGUAUUUAAUCCACUUCAGACGAAGAAACCGCACAUCUAUUAAAAGUUUCAGUGUAUUUAAUCCACUUCAGACGAAGAAACCGCACAUCUAUUAAAA